UCAGCUCUAAUUAUGCAUCUCCACUAUUACAAAAAUAUGCAGCUCGAUGCAUGAAACAUCUCGGUAUCAACAGAAUUUAGAGAUGUAAGGUAGGUAGUCUACCCUCACACAAGCAUUAGUGACUGAUUCCCUGCUUCAACACGUGACCUAUAUAAUCAACAGAAUUUAGAGAAGGGCAACACCCAAAAGUGUGUAUGUAGGUAGUCUACCCUCGUACAAUUGUUUCCGCAGCUCAUGACGUAUAAGUCAUACAAAAACAACUCUAUCAUGACUCUUUAUUCCUUAUCCACUUUUUUGUGGCUAAUGUUGACGUAAGUAUCUUCAAUCACUUUGACAACCAAAAAUGUCUGUUCUUUCCACUCCCUUCAUUUCUCAGUGCAUGAUAUUAUCCAACUACAGUAACAUUACUGAGGCAAAAACAUUCUCAUUUAAGGAAACAACAAUAGAUGAUAUUCAAAUAGCUUUCAAGCAAAACAAACUUACCUCAAGACGACUUGUUGAGCUCUAUCUAAGUGAAAUCCAGAAAGCUAAUCCAAUUAUAAAAGGGAUCAUAGAAGUGAAUCCAGAUGCACUCUUUCUUGCAGAUAAAGCUGAUCAAGAACGAAAAUCGGGGGCGCUACUGUCCAGCAGGCUACAUGGUAUACCAAUUCUUGUCAAGGACAACAUUGCAACAAAAGAUAAGCUUAACACAACAGCAGGAUCAUUAGCACUUGUUGGAUCCAUUGUGCCACAAGAUGCUGGUGUGGUCAAGAAGUUGAGAAAUGCUGGUGCUAUCAUACUUGGCAAGGCAACUAUGACUGAGUGGGCUGGUUCUAGAUCUUCAAAGAUGCCUGAUGGUUGGAAUGGAAGACUUGGACAAGCUCUGAAUCCUUAUGUAGCAAGUGCUAAUCCAUCAGGAUCAAGCACUGGUUCUGCAACAUCAGUAGCAGCAAACCUUGCAGCGGUAGCAUUGGGGACAGAAACAGCAGGCUCCAUUCUAUAUCCAGCAUAUGCUAAUUCAGUUGUUGGAAUCAAACCAACUGUUGGCCUCACUAGCAGGGCAGGUGUUAUCCCAAUUUCACAUAGGCAAGACACUGUUGGGCCAAUUUGCAGGACAGUAUCUGAUGCUGUUGAGGUUCUUGAUGCCAUCGUUGGCUUCGAUCAAGAUGAUUUUCUAGCAACUAAAAAGGCUUCCACUUACAUUCCUCAUGGUGGAUACCGGCAAUUUCUUAAGGCUGAUGGGCUUAAAGAUAAAAGACUAGGUAUUUCAAAGGACCUUUUUGGUUCCAACGAAAUCAAGACUUCUCGACAGCAUGUUAACACCUUAAGGGCAAUAUUAAACAAAAGGAAAAAAGGAGCAGUAUUAGUUGACAACCUCGAAAUACCUAACAUCGACUUGGUCCGAGAUGCUCUUGUUGUUUCUCAAGGAAUAGUACAUUCUGCUGAAUUCAAGAUGAACCUAAAUGCAUAUCUUAAAGAGUUAGUCUACACUCGAGUCCGAUCCUUGGCAGAUGUUAUAGCCUUCAACAAGAUUUCAGCUUCGGAAAAAGUUGAAGAAUAUGGUCAAGACAUAAUGGUGGCAGCUGAGAAGACGAAUGGUAUAGGGAAAUUGGAAAGGGAGGCUCUGUGGAACAUAACAAAAGCAUGCAAAUACGGGUUCGAGAAGAUGAUGAAGGAAAAGGCGUUAGACGCAUUGAUAUCACCUGGUGCUGACAUUGCUCAUCUUCUCGCGAUAGGAGGUUAUCCAGGGAUCAAUGUACCUGCUGGUUAUGAUAAAAAUGGAGUUCCACUCGGAAUCUUCUUUGGAGGACUAAAGGGUUCUGAGCCAACACUCAUUGAGAUUGCAUAUGGCUUUGAACAACAUGAUAGUUAUAUUCAAUGUGCGCCACCGUUUGCCAUUUUCGGCGGUGGCGCCGCCACCGCAGCUCACCGUCAAACGGGGAAAACUCAAGACCAAACGGGGCGCCUCCUUCAGGCGACCAAACUCCAGCAAGAAGAUCCAAAAAAUACGACAUCAAUCGACACCAAUUUGAGAUUAAAAAUUUCGCCAGCGUCGGCGAUUUUCGGAGGCGGAGCUCCAAAUCCAAUAAUUUCAACGCCAAUCGCAUCCAAAUGGGGUCAGGAACAUAAAUUUCACAAAAGCCCCUUCAAUUUCCUCACAGAACGUGUCCAAUUUUGA